GGGUACUUGCUGUCUGGCUGCUUGUGUGUUCGCUGGGAAUAAUAAACAACUUGGUGGUCACUGAAGACACUAGUCGGUUGCCAACGCACCGAAACCCGGCAGAGGAAACCGAAGAUGGCCCUCACCUAAUCGGCUCCUUCUGUUGCUCUGUUGUCGGAGGAUUGACAGAACGACGGUUAGCUGGGUGCUAACAUUAGCACGCUAGCUUGCCAGGAGCUCAUAGCAACUGCUGCUAGCUAACGUCACUGGACUGGUACUCUUUACUCUCAAGUCUGCAGCUAUGUUCGUCCAGGAGGAGAAGAUAUUCGCCGGUAAAGUGUUGAAAAUACACAUCUGCACCAUGGACGGCACGGAGUGGUUGGAGGAGGUCACGGAAGACACCACUGUUGAGAAACUGAAGGAGAAGUGCUUGAAACAUUAUGUGCACGGGAGUCUAGAAGACCCCAAAACACUUACCCACCAUAAACUUAUACAUGCUGCUACAGAGAGAGUCCUCACAGACACUAAAACUGUCGCUGAUGAAAAUCUCAAAGAUAAAGAGGUUUUGCUGCUCAUAAAGAAAAGACCGCCACCAACCCCUCCAAAGAUGGCAGACGUUAGUUCAGAUGAAAAGAAGAAACAAGAUAACAAGGCUCCAGACAAAGAUGCAAUUCUAAAAGCCACCGGCAACCUGUCCACACGCCACACUGACCGCACUGUAACCCAGCAUAACAUCAGAGAUUUUCAGACGGAGCUAAGAAAAAUCCUGGUUUCUCUCAUCGAAGUCGCCCAGAAGCUUCUUGCCUUGAACCCUGAUGCUGUUGAACUUUUCAAAAAGGCCAAUGCGAUGUUGGAUGAAGAUGAAGAGGACCGGGUGGAUGAAACGGCUCUUCAGCAGCUCACUGAGAUGGGUUUCCCUGAGAGCAGAGCCAUCAAAUCUCUUAGAUUGAACCACAUGUCAGUCACCCAGGCAAUGGAGUGGCUUAUCGAGCAUGUAGACGACCCCUCUGUAGACGCACCUAUACCUGGCCAGGACUCUUCUGGGGCGGCAGGAGCCACGGCAGCUGCCACACCAGGCCCCUCGGCCUCCGCCUCAGCCUCAGCCUCCGGUCCUAACCUUCUCCGCAGCCUCUCCAGCCAGUUGAGCACAGAAGAAAGCAGCAGGCAGGACGAGCUCACAGAGAUCUUCAAGAGGAUCCGCAGGAAACGGGAGUUCAGACCGGACUCAAGAGCUGUCAUUGCAUUGAUGGAGAUGGGGUUUGAUGAGAAGGAGGUGGUUGAUGGUCUGAGGGUGAAUAACAACCAGCAGGAUGCUGCGUGUGAGUGGCUCCUGGGAGACAGGAAACCUUCUCCAGAAGAUCUGGACAAAGGCAUCGACACCAACAGCCCGCUGUUCCAAGCCAUUCUGGAGAAUCCAGUGGUCCAGUUGGGUCUAACCAAUCCCAAGACCCUGCUAGCGUUUGAAGACAUGCUGGAGAAUCCUCUGAACAGCACUCAGUGGAUGAACGACCCUGAGACCGGCCCUGUCAUGCUCCAAAUAUCCAGAAUCUUCCAGACCCUCAAUCGCACAUAGAGCCUCCUGGUGACCCCCUGUGUGACUGUGGCAGCUUGUGUGUGUGUGGGGAUGGAUGUGUGUGUGGAUGUGUGUGUAUCUGAGUGUGGCAGAGACACAAGUAUUGUUUUUGCCUUGUAAAGACAAAGCUGGAGGAGUCAAAGUAUGAAUAAGAUGUUACACAUAUAAACUAUUUAUAACAGUACAGUAAAUACACUAUAAAAACAUGUUAGCAUAAACAUUAUUACAGUAAUAAUAAAAAAAGAGAUUUAGUAUGUUGUUUUUACAUUUUAAUGAGAACAAUUUAUAGUCAUGGACAGACAUGAUUUAUUUUAUAUAAUUUCUCCAUGUGCAGAAAUGACAUCAGACAUGAAUUUAAUGUUUACACUUCAAAGAAAACUGUUUUUGUAUGUUUUGCAAUAUUUAAAUAUCAAUUACAGUUUUUUGUCUGUCUUUAAAUGGUUACAUUUCAUCUGUGGUGACUGUGUGGAAGACUUCUGUCCGUAUCAUGUUUUGCUUUCCUUCCCACUUUGUCUUGAUUUUAUCAAAGUAACUGUUUGUAAUUGAGAGGCUGGUGGUCAAAGUUGUGCUCGUUGAAAACGGGCUUUCGGACACGUUACCUCUCGCUCCAUCCACGCCUGUGAGGUCACUGUAAGUCCACCGCCUCUCAGUUUAAAGCGGAGAACAUUUGUCCUUGAGCUUCUUCAAGAAUAUUUAUUUGACUUUCUUGCCUUUUUUAGAUGAAAGCUGUACACUAAACUGUUUGUGUCUUAGUCAUGUUUUUACAAGAAAAUGAUAUAUUAGGCCUGUGUGUUUAUUUGUCAAUGUGCUCUUGAAUGUCAUAUUAUCAUGUUGCGCUCAUUUAGCACUUGUUCACCUCUAUGAAUAUCACUCACUGCAGCACUGAGGAAGCUGAAAGAAGGGUUCAUGUUUUGUCUCUAAAGGCUGUAGUGGGAUGUGGAAAUGAAGCUGAGCCUAAUCAAAAGGGGUUUGCCUUUUUUAACCUUUAAUUUGAAUGAUGAAGAUGCGUGUUCACUUCAUGCUGCGGAGGUGCAAGCAUCUUCACACACACAAAGAAAUAAUAGAAUUUGAGACGUAACCAGUGUUGUUCUUUUGGUUUACUUUUUUUCUUUUCUUUCGAGAGCAGUGGACAUUUAUGCUGUCAAACCAAACCAAAAUGUCACUAUAUAACCUGCCUUGUCAUUUGUUGUACCCAUUGAAAAAGACCCUGUAUUUCUGUGCAAUAGCGAGGACUUCUGUUGACCUGUAAUGAAAUAUAUUUGAUUUGAGUGUUAGAGGCGUGUGAACUGCAAUGGGCAAUGUGUUCUACAAUAUUAGCCUUUGCAUUGAGUACUUAAAAUCUCCAGCUACAAGAAGGCGAGCUUAGCCUCUCCUGGUUGUACCGAGAAUUAAAACACAGUACGGAGGGUGGUGUGUUUUGCCAAGCUUUUGAGUGUUUUUUAUUCAAUAUUUAAAAUGUGGUAUUGAUGUGACUUUCUGCUCAGGGAGGCUGAGAUUGUUUUUCUAAACCUGUCGUUAUGGCAAACCUCUGCUCACCCCCUUCUGGUUUGGCAUUUGAAAAUGGCUUUAACUAAUCUGUCAAGAACUUUCUGAAUAAGAGCACUACAAGGUUUCGUAAAUGCAAUAUUUGAAAAUAUUUAAAUGUUUUUAGAGAGAAGUGUCUGUUUGAACUAUGUAUUAUUACAUUAUUUAUAUCGAAGCCAAACUAGUAACUUGUUCUUAUUUAUAACAUUUUUUAGCAAACCUCGAAGCUAAUCUACAAAUGUGAAAAAAAAUUAAAUGAUUCAAAUGUUGUUUUUACAAACCAUUGUAAAAUGUGCUUAUGGACUGGUAGGUCUCGGUGUGAUUUAAAGUAGUGCAACAUGUUUGAAUGAAGAAGGAUUUCUACACACGUCUCUGGAAGCCUCUCUGCACACUUUCUGCACUGCAGUGGACCUUCAUCAUGGCCACAGAGACCAGCUGUCUCACCACUAACAUUCGUUGCAUUAGUCUGCAGACAAAACUCUCCCGUAAUAUCUUAGAACAAACACUGGGAGAUUGUACGUUUCUAAAGAAAAAUAAGAUCCACAGGAAAUGCAGACAUCUUUCAAAAUGGUCAACAAGAACAGAAAAGAACAAAAUGAACUUUAUUGCUUAGGGACACUGAAGGAUUGUUGGAGUCACUGGUUUUUGUUUUCACUCAGCUUUCAUGCAGGACUGUCCCCGAUUAACAACCUAUGCAAUAUACUCUCACAGUCUGUUGGUUCAGACGGCCUCAUGGCUACUGGCAUUUAAAUCACUAUUGCAUUAAAGUUAUUUUUUGUGGCUGUA